GAUUCUGAUCGACUUUUGGGUUAUCCAUUAAACAAGUGAGGAAUAUUCCACCAGAAACACAGACCUUAUUUGUCUGUUCUCCACAAUCAAUAAAAAACACAGAUCUCAGCUUAUCUAGUUUUGGGAUGGUUGAGUGAGAGUCAGAGAGCUCGAGACGAGGAUCUAUACAGGACAUCAGUACAGUCAUGGAGGACAGGGCGGCCGAGGAUGAAAAAAAAGAGAGGCCGAAAUGGGACAACAAACUCCAGUAUCUGCUCACGUGUAUCGGAUUUGCCGUGGGACUCGGAAAUGUGUGGAGAUUCCCAUAUCUGUGUCAGAUUUACGGAGGAGGUGCGUUUCUAAUCCCGUAUCUUAUUGCACUGGUGUUUGAGGGUUUGCCUCUGCUCUACCUGGAGCUUGCGAUUGGUCAGCGUCUCCGUAAAGGAAGCAUCGGGGUGUGGAACUCAAUCUCACCAUACCUGGGGGGAGUCGGUGUGGCAUCGAUGUUGGUCUCGUUCCUUGUGGGAAUGUUCUAUAACACCAUCUUGGCCUGGGUUCUGUGGUACUUCUUUAAUUCCUUCCAGGAUCCAUUACCAUGGUCACAGUGUCCACUGACUGAAAACCAGACAGAGUACAUGUCGGAGUGUGUUGAGGGAACACCAGUGAAUUAUUACUGGUAUCGAGAGACGCUAAACAUCACACCGGACAUUGCGUCCAGCGGCUCGCUGCAGUGGUGGCUGGUCUUGUGUGUGGCUACAGCAUGGUCCAUUGUCUACAUCUGCUUCAUCCGUGGCAUCGAGACCAUUGGCAAGGCAGUGUACGUAACAGCUACAUUUCCCUACAUAGUGUUAACAGUUUUUCUUGUGCGAGCUCUCACACUUCCAGGAGCUGCCCAAGGACUAGAGUACCUCUUUACACCAGAUUGGCAGGUCCUGUUAAACCCUCAGGUGUGGCUGGAUGCUGCCACUCAGAUCUUCUUCUCUCUGUCUCUGGCCUUCGGAGGCCUCAUCGCCUUCUCCAGCUACAACCCUGAGAAGAAUAACUGUGAGCGAGACGCCUUGUUAGUGGGCUGCAUUAACAGCGCCACCUCACUCUACGCCUCCAUUCCUAUUUUCUCCAUCCUGGGAUUUAAAGCUACAACAAACCACAACAACUGUAUAAUGAGCAACAUCCUCAAACUGACCAACGAGUUCAGCUUCUCUGAUCAGAACAUCACCAUGGAGAACUACAAGGACUGGCUCUCCUACUUAAACAGCACACAUCCUGUAGAAGUGGACAGUCUGAAGCUGAGACACUGUGAUCUGCAGAGGUUUCUGGACCAGAGCGCGUCAGGAACAGGUCUGGCCUUCAUCGUGUUCACGGAGGCGGUGAUCGAGAUGCCUGCGUCUCAGGUGUGGGCAGUGCUCUUCUUCAUCAUGCUCUUCAGCCUCGGCCUGUCCUCCAUGUUUGGCAAUCUGGAGGGCGUCCUCACACCGCUGCUCGACCUGAACAUCUUACCCAAGAGUAUUCCAAAAGAACUCUUCACUGCACUAAUCUGUGUGAUAUCUUUCCUGGUGGCUCUGAUCUUCACCAUGGGGUCAGGAAAUUACUGGCUGGAGAUAUUUAACAGCUACGUUGGCUCCGUCCCGCUCCUCAUCAUCGCCUUCUUUGAAAUCAUUGCCGUUGUCGUUUUCUAUGGAAUGGGACGGUUCAGUGAAGAUAUUGAGUUCAUGACAGGACGAAAGCCCAAUAUAUUCUGGCGUGUGUGCUGGAUGGGAAUCAGUCCAGUCAUGCUGCUGGUGGUGCUGGUGGCGUAUGUGGUGGUGCAGGUGCAGGUGCACCCCGAAUACCCCGCCUGGAACCCACAAUAUUCUAAGUUCCCAGAAGCGGAGGUAAAGCCGUAUCCUGACUGGGUGUUUGCGAUCUGCGUGCUGCUCUCGGCUCUGCCGGUCAUCCCCAUCCCCAUCGUAGCUCUGUAUCACCUCAUCAGACGCCUCACACACUCUCACACACACACACACUCCCUCUCAGACAUACAACCCGAGAACCCCUACACCAACGGAGCCUAUAUCCCUGACCAGUAAACCCACACAAACACCUACACUUUAUUCUCCUUUAUUUCUGUGCUGAAAAUCAUCCUGCUGUUAAUGAUGUCUCGCUACUGCGUGAGGCUACGCUAGCUAGCGCUAAAGGUGAUGAAGUAUAACCAACACUAAUCCCUGGAGAGAGACCGCGAGCAGUCUGGGGAUGAGUGAGAGCACAGAGGGGUAAACACGGAGAAACAGAGGAAUUAUGUUCUGAAAUAAUGAUGAUGAUGAUGAAUAAUUGUAUUAGACUGUUUAUAUAUUUAAAUCACGUCUCUCUUCAUGGUUCUGUUAUUAUUUGUGUCUCUGAUGUAAAAGAAUGUUUCCUGAUAUUUCAAUAAAUAAAUAAAUGAGA